AUCCUGGACCUGUCGCGGAACUCGCUCCACGAGCUGCCGCCGAGUUUUUUACACCUCGAGGGGCUCGUGCACCUCGACCUGACGCACAACAACUACAAGGACCUGCCCGACGAGUUCGGCGCGCUCACGUCGCUGGAGACGCUGAGCCUCGCGGACAACAUCUUGCAGACGCUGCCGUCGACGCUGCCGCGGCUCCACGACCUCGUGAAGCUCGACCUGAGCGGCAACGGCCUCACGCACCUGUGCAUCUUCCCGAACCUGCCGGAGCUGGACCGGAACCAGAUUCGGGUCUUGCCGCCGUCGCUGCGCGAGCUGUCGAAUCUGGAGAUGAUGCGCGUGCGCGACAACUACCUGCGGUCCUUGCCGGAUGAUCUCGGGUCGCUGUCGCGGCUCACGCGGUUGGACUGCACGACGAACGAAUUGAGCGAGCUGCCCGCGUCGACCGCGAAGCUCGCGAAUUUGGAAUUCCUGAGCCUGCAGUCGAACCGCUUCGAGCGGCUGCCGCCCCUGGUCGGGCGGUUGCAUGGGUUGCGGCGGCUCAUGCUCGGCAACAACUCGCUGACGACGCUGCCGUACGAGGUCGGCUUCCUGACGACGCUUUUGGAGCUCCAGAUCAAGGAGCUCGACGACGACAUCGACUACCUGCAGCGGCUCAAGGAGCUGGACCUCGAGGACAACCGGCUCACGGGGCUGCCGCGGACGUUCAACCGGCUGCGGCGGCUCGAGGUGCUGAACCUGGCGAAGAAUCGUCUGUACGUGCUCCCGGAGAAGAUCGGCACGCUGACGGCGCUGGAGAAGCUGGACCUGGCCAUGAACCGACUCGAGUACCUGCCCGACUCCGUGACGGGGUUGCGGAUGCUCAAGGACCUGAGCGUCGCGGUGAACAACCUCUACAAGCUGCCCGUGCUGUCCCCGGGGCUGAGCUCCCUAACGUCGCUGAACCUCGACGCCAACGAGCUGAACCUCCUGCCCGCGCGGCUCGGGGAGCUGCCGCUGCGGAUCCUCCGCGCGUCGCACAACCGGCUCGAGCGCCUC